AUGACAGUGCUUGCGGUCAUCGUACCACUAAUCCUACUCUGCGCUAUCAGACGAUAUCAGAAGAUGCAGUAUGAAAAUAGGAAACCCUUCCCAUUCAUGCAGUUGCCCCAAGAGCUAAGAGACAUGGUGUACGAACACCUCAUCGAGGAUCCCGUAUACCCUCCGCCACAACUCCGCUUGAAUCAUGGAUCAUCGCUAUGGAUGAUACCUGGACUUUGGUCAUCUUCAGCUGCAUCUUCUCGACGCUUGCAUACGAGUAAUUGGAUAUUCUUAGCGAACAAACAGGUGUAUAAAGAGUGUAUGGAUGUGCUCUGCAAGCGCGCAACUUUCCACCUCACCGUCUCGCCGCACAACUACAAACCGUCCUCUUCCUCCUCCCCACCACCACCAUCACCUCCACACUCAGAAGAUAAAAGGUUAUGGAACAUCUCCCCAGAUACCCUAAAAGACCUCCGUACCGCCUCCCUAAACCUCAUAACCACUUCAGCAAUGCUCGGCGUCCCAGACCCCCGCAACAUGACAUCGACAGACUGGACCCUCGCACGCCACGUCCGCGAAGAACUAAAACAACUCGUCAACGUCAAAAACCUAACUCUCGAUGCCAAGGCGCUGGGUGAUCCCCUCUGGAACCCGCUGUGGAUAUGGUACCACGCAUGCCAGAGCUUCAAAACCAUGGGCACAAGCGCGUCCAACACAAGUCCCACCGGCCCCAAAUUAAACCGCAUCACCUUUAGUCUGGAUACGUGGAGUCCGGGCGAAAACUACCUGGCGAGACAUGGGGACGAGGACAAGUGGACGUGGUUUUGCAUGCAGGGUCAUGGUGUUGGGCUUGACAUUGGGCCUGAGAUGACGGUCCGCGAGUUCUGCGGCAAGUUGUAUCAAGAAUGCCGCAUUUGCCGACCGGAAUUAGAAAGCGAGGAGGAAUGA